GCAACGGGAGACACUCGCGAGCGGCCGUCGUUCGGGCGCCUGGGGUGACAGCACGCUCCAAGACUCGCGAGGCCAGCAGGAGUUUGCGGUCUAUCAUAAAAAGAUCCCUUUCUCUCCUCGGCGCUGGGUUUAAGGCGCCCGCGUGUAUAUCCCGGUCGCGCCAUCGCGAUGGAUUCCGCUUACUUACUGAUGCACUGCACGACAGUCCUGAUGCUUCUGGACUGCAGGCGCGCGGCGCACUCGCACGCAAACCUCUCCGGGAAGCUGAGUGAAUACGGUCUCAUCGUCCCGUUCUGCACGGACUCUCGCGGACGGUAUAUUUCUCACGUGGUGUCUGCUGCCGGCGCUGGAGGAGCAGCGUCGCCGCCUGCGAGAAAGCGGCUUGCGCGCAGCUCCCUCGCGACGUCCCCCCCCAGCCCGCGCGCGCAGGAGUUGUUUUUCAACGUCACCGUUUUUGGGAAAGAGUUGCACUUGCGCCUGAAGGCCAACAGAAGGCUCGUGGCCCGCGGCGCGUUCGCGGAGUGGCACGAGGACUUCGAGGAGAAAGGCAGGGAGCGCAUGCACGGCGACUGCGCGUUUACCGGCGACAUCACCGACAUGCCGGAGGCCUCCGUGGCCAUCAGCAACUGUGACGGCCUGGCUGGACUGAUUCGCACGGAUAACGGGGAGUUCUUCAUCGAGCCCCUGGAGAAAGGUCAGCAGAAAGGAGAGGUCAAAGGUCGCGUUCACGUGGUGUAUCGCCGGUCUGCUGUCAGAAGGGAAACGUGGUCCGACAGGACAAACCUCCACAAUGAAGUUGCAGACUUUGGGAUCGCUGAACUUCCGGAUGCUCUGGGAGUGAUGGAAGAGAAGCUGUCAGAGUCUGCCCGCAAACGUCGCCAUGCUAAAAAAGACAACUACAACAUCGAGGUUCUGCUGGCCGUGGACGACUCGGUCGUGCGUUUCCACGGCAAGGAGCAUGUGCAGAAUUAUGUGCUCACACUCAUGAACAUUGUAGAUGAAAUUUAUCAUGAUGAGUCAUUGGGGACCACGAUCAACAUUGUUCUUGUUCGUAUGAUCAUGGUGGGAUACCGCCAGUCGAUGAGCCUGAUCGAGCGGGGGAAUCCGUCUCGGAGCCUGGAGCAGGUGUGCCGCUGGGCGAACGCCCAGCAGAGGUCGGACCCUGGACACGCUGAGCACCAUGACCAUGCCAUCUUCCUCUCCAGGCAAGACUUUGGUCCUGCAGGUAUGCAAGGUUACGCCCCAGUCACGGGCAUGUGCCACGCCCUCCGGAGCUGUACGCUGAAUCACGAGGACGGGUUUUCCUCUGCGUUUGUGGUGGCACACGAGACUGGCCAUGUGCUGGGCAUGGAGCACGAUGGUCAGGGGAAUCGGUGUGGUGAUGAGGCCAGUAUGGGCAGCAUCAUGGCUCCACUGGUUCAGGCUGCGUUUCACCGCUACCACUGGUCUCGAUGCAGCAAGCAGGAGCUCAGCCGAUACGUCCACUCAUACGACUGCCUUCUGGAUGACCCCUUCCAGCACAAGUGGCCCAGACUUCCUGAGCUGCCUGGUAUCAACUACUCCAUGGACGAGCAGUGUCGCUUUGAUUUCGGCGUGGGCUACAGGACGUGCACGGCUUUCCGGACGUAUGACCCGUGUAAACAGCUGUGGUGCAGCCACCCAGAUAACCAGUACUUCUGUAAGACCAAAAAAGGGCCUCCUGUUGAUGGGACGGAGUGCAGCCCAGGCAAGUGGUGCUUUAAGGGUCACUGUAUCUGGAGGUCUUCUGAUCAGCCUUAUGGUCAUUAUGGAGGCUGGAGCUCCUGGGGGAAGUUUGGCUCCUGCUCACGAAGCUGUGGAGGAGGGGUGAGGUGCCGCAACCGCCAGUGUAACAACCCAGUCCCUGCGUCUGGCAGUCGUGACUGUCCUGGCUCUGCGUUUGACUAUCAGAUGUGUAACACAGAUGACUGUCCUGGACCCUACCAAGACUUCAGAGCACAACAGUGUGUCCAGCGCAGCAACAAAUACCACAACAACAUCAAACACACCUGGCUGCCUUACGAACACCCCGACGAAGAUCAUAAGUGUGAGUUAAGCUGCCGCUCUAAGGAGACGGGGGAGGUGGUGUUCAUGAACCAAGUGAUGCAUGAUGGGACACGCUGUAGCUACACGGACCUCUUCAGUGUCUGCGCACGUGGGGAGUGUCUGAAUGUUGGCUGUGAUAGAGAGGUUGGCUCCUACAAGCAGGAGGACAAGUGUGGAGUGUGUGAGGGUGACAACUCUCACUGCCGGACCGUCAAACUGACGCUGACAAAAACACCUAAAAAGACAGGAUUGUUAAAGAUGUUUGAUAUUCCAGCUGGAGCGAGACAUAUUGUGAUCGAAGAGGUUGAGACGUCCCCACACAUCAUCGCGGUUAAAAACCAGGUGACUGGCAGCUUCGUGCUCAGUGGCCAGAAGGAGGCAUUGAACUCCACGAGCUUCAUUGAGGACGGGCUUUUGUGGGAGUACUCCGUCAAGGAGCAGAAAGAGUCACUGACCACCAGCGGCCCCCUGCACGAGAGCAUCGUAGUGCUGGUGGUGCCUCAGGAGGAAGAUAUGAAGGUCCGUCUAACGUUUAAGUACAUUAUCCAUGAAGACCUUGUACCAAUCAUCACCAACAACAACGUCCUCCUCACUGAGCUCGAUACGUACGAAUGGGCGCUGAAGAGCUGGUCCCAGUGCACAAAAUCCUGUGGAGGAGGUGUGCAGUACACAAAGUACGGUUGCAGGAGGAAAGGUGACGGUCGUCUGGUCCACAGGAACUUCUGUGAGAUGAGCAAGAAGCCAAAACCAAUCCGCAAACGCUGCAACGUUAACGAGUGCAGUCAGCCUGUCUGGCUGGUAGAGGACUGGGGCUCCUGUAGCAGAACGUGCGGUAAGCAGAGCUUUCAGUCUCGUGUCCUGCAGUGUGUGCAGCCCCUGCAGAACGGAACCCACCGGCCCGUCCACGGCCAGCACUGCAGGAGGGACAAACCCGAGACCCGGCGCGUCUGCGGUGUCCCGCCCUGCCCCGCACACUGGAGGACCGGAGCGUGGACUCAGUGCUCCGUCAGCUGUGGGAAAGGUAUUCAACAGAGACAGGUGGUGUGCAGGACCACGGACAGCAACACGAGCCGGUGUGAAGGAGACAAACCUGAGAACGUCUCCAUCUGCACACUCUCACCUUGCCCAGGACAGUUUUCAGUCUCCACCAGCACAGUGGAUCUAAUGCACAACUCCACUCAGGAGCAGGGCCCGGCCGACAGCCCUGGGAAUCAGAUCUCAAACGAGCCUUGCCUAGGCGAUAAGUCCAUCUUUUGUCAGAUGGAGAUCCUGGCCCGGUAUUGUUCCAUCCCUGGCUAUAACAAGCUGUGUUGCGAGUCCUGUAACAAGAAGGUGACCGUUGCCACGGCAACACCUCUUCUCUACUCCUCUGUCCCUCUGCUGCCUCAUUUCAGUGGACGUCCUGCCUCGAGCCCUGAGCCUUCCGUCCUGUCGACCUCGCCCUCUCCACCAACCCGCACGGCGGCUUAUAGGAACCCGCGCUCCACUGUGCCGGGCUGGACCACAGCAGCUACCAGCCUCACACCCAUCAGCACCUCCCCAGCUAAGACGGCGUCUCCUGGGCCGGCCCUAGCCGGCGCCUCCCUGGCCUUGGAGCGCUUCAGUUCACCUCUACCUCCAGAGCAGAGCGCUAGCUCUAACACCACCAGCUGGCCAUCUCAGGACUUGGACAGGACGGAACUUCGCAACAGCACUUUAGUUCUGCCACCAUCGAGUCAGGCAGGACAGGGCGGCUCAGCCGAAGCUGAGACAGGCUCCUCCGACAGGAACUCGGCAGUGGCCACAUGAUCAGGCUACGUGACCCGGUGCUGAUAAGCAAUGCUGCUCUCACACUGGAGCCAUCUGUGUUUUUCGUUUUCUUUUGUUUUUCUUUGUAAACACUCCAUGCCCGUGUACUUGAGACCGUUUAAGGGUUACCUCAGUCGUCUAACGGCAACGCCAGCAGGGUAAAAACUACACGCAUCGAUCCCGCGUUCCCCAGCGUCCUUUGCUGAAGGCGAGAAACCCAAACAAAGUCAAGGACCCUCUCCGGACUGAAAGGUGCUAUGAUUCCUACAUGACUCUGACUAACGCGUCCAACGGUGGCGACUGCAUCGCUGUGGUAUGGCCUGACGCACGGCCAGGCCAGCUGCUAGGGCUAAUGGGGGG